CCAUGCAUGACGAGACUGACAUGCAUUUUAAGCUUUGCCUUUUAUUUUACUGAAACUUCGCGAGGAUAUUUACUUAGAAAACUCCAAAUACAGAAAUUAGAAUACAGAUCGAAAGGCUAACAUGUUUACCGAAUUGGUUACGGAGUCUACAGUGUUUAGAAGAGUACAUUAUCAAGAUUUGCAGGUAUCUGUACUGUACAGUGUGUAUAAAAAAAAGGUAAUCUAAAUUUGAGGUUAAAUGGCUUAAAAAUAAUUUGACGAAUUCGAUUGAUUUUUACACUGUUGUUAAGUUCAAUCAUUUAGCUUUUAAAUGAUAUGUGUUUUAUGUGUCAUGUGUUCAAAAAUGAAGGAGUAUUGCUUCGGCAAAAAAGUCACCAAAAAUCGCGGCAUAUUUCCACCGAUGGGAAUUGAAGACUUGAAGACAAAAGAUAAUGCAUAUUUAAUCAACGAGUACAAAUAAUUUAUUUUAAUUUGAAAGGAUUUACGCUUCUACGAGGUUGCAUUUUAAUGAGCAUUGAUGAUUAAGUUUCUCAAAGCCUCGUGGCGCUAAAUUUUAAAGGAAAAAUGUGCAAUUUCCGUCGGCGGAAAUAUGCAAUUUUUGGUGACUUUUUUGCCCAAGCAAUACUUCUUCAUUUUUUGACCACAUGACACAUAAAACAUAUAAUUUAAAAGCUAAAUGAUUGAACUUUGUAACAAUCGUGUAACGAUCAAUCGAAUUCGUCAAAUAUUUUUUAGGCCAUUGCACGCCAAAUUUGGACUACCCUUUUUUAUGCACAUGCACUGUAUGAGCCAAGUUAUUAAUAGCUACAAUCUUGAACAUAUAACCCUUGAGACUGUUCCAGCCAAUAUUGCAAAGUUAAUGCACAUUGACAAAACAAACUUUGUCAUCCCCUCUCCGCCAGUUCAGUGUUGUAAGCAACGCCGAAACAACUCUUGGCAAUUUACCAUGAGACAAGCUCAACUUUGAGUUGGGGGAGCGGUCCCCUAAGUCUAAGAAGCCCAACAUAUGCAUGGUUCAACAUGGAAUUUGCAUAUGUAAAAAUCAUUGAGUGUUUCUUACAGGGUGUAUGAAAAAAAGAGGUAAUCAAACUUUCGAGUGCUCUUGUGCGGUCAAUAUUGCGUGCACAGAUUUAAUUUUCUCAUAUUAAUAAAGAUAAGGGUUUUAGCUUUCGAAUGACACCUUUUUUAAUUGUAUCAUUUCAACUGCAAAAAUGACCAAAUACGAGCCAAUUGAAAAUUGCCGGUUGAAAUCACAUUUGCUGAAAUCACACCUAUAUAGGCUAUAUGUACACUAUUAAAGCAGUGCAGAGAAAAAGAGAAAAAAACUCUAAUAUAUGAUCCCAAGCGCAAUAAAUAAGCUUAAAGUUAAAAGUGAAGCUAAAGUGACCAGUUGUUAUAGGGCUUUUUAAAAUUAGAAUUCAUGAAGUUUAGAUCCAAAUGUGAUUUACUUUCAAUACUCAAUAGUUUCUCACCGAUUUCCCAAUGGUGCAAUUUGUGUUCAAUGACACAAAAAUGAUAUCAUUGGUAUCAUCUAAAAGCCUGAAUUUUCUUGCUGUGUAAAAAUGUUAUCGAUAAAUUCGAUAUCUAACCCACGUGAACAAGCUGAAGUUGCAUGGAUCACCUUUUUCUUGUACAUCCUGUAUAUAAAUUUUUCCAGUCGACGUCGAGCGCCGAUAGCAUGAGAGACCUAGCUCUGGGGGGGGGGGGUCUGUGGGCAUGUUCUUCCCCAGAAAAUGUUUGCGAUUUUCUGACGUUUAGAAACGUUAUUUCUCGCAUUCUGAUAGCGGUUUAUGACUGAUAAUAGACAUUUCUUAUAGGGACAAUUUUUAGCGAAAAUUCGCAAUGCAAAGUGUGUUUUUAUGAAAUUUAUUGGCUCGCCAACGCUUGCAUUGUCCAGUGGGACAUCGCAUAAAUUGGCUUUCCGCGUUUGAUGUCAUUAUGAGAAAGGUCAAUUGUGUGGUUAGGCCGCAACCUCGUACCCAGGCUCUUAGCGGGAGGGCGUGCGAAGGUAAGAGCUUGGGUACGAGGUUGGGUAGGCCUAGAAAAGCGAUUUCGUGGCAACCUCUGGGGAGUAGAUUUUCUGUGGUUCAAUCCAUAAUACCAUAGAUGCUCAAUAAAACUUGCCCAAUACCGAGAAAAUGGGUGAUCAGUGAUUAUCCUCUAUUAAAUUGUAUUACAGCAAGAAAAUGUGAAAUUUUGUAUUCAAUUACAACAAAACUGAUUUGCAUUAUCAGAAAGGUUAUAAAAACCUACAUAUACAGUUUUUUUUUAUAUCUCAAAUUGUUUUGAAAAACGUCAAAAACGCGUUUUUGACUUAGUACCCAGUCGUUAUUGCGACAUUUUGGUCCAAUUUUCACAUUUAAAACAGCAAUAACUCAAAGACUAUUUGAAGAACCAAAAAACUGUUUAAUAGUCUUAUAUGCGGUUUUGUUUACGUUUUGCGAUGAUGCAAGUCAUUUUUAUUGUAAUUGUUACAAAAUUUCCCAUUUUUUUUGCUGUAAUACAAUUUAAUAGAGGGCUGAUAAUCAUUGAUCACCUAUUUUCUCGGUAUUGGGCAAAUUUUUGCUUGGGAACUUUUUUUGGUAGUAAUGUAUCUAUAUGCCUUUCAAAUAAACCACAAACCAAGUACUUGCCACAUGGUUGCCACGAAGCGAAAUAAUUUUGGCCAACGCCACGGCCUAGGUCUAUCUCACAAUUAUUCGCCAAUCCUAAGAAUAUUCUUGAUUCCAACAUCAUCAAGUGCACAAUAAUUUAAAAAGUGUUUUGUGGUAAUAUUUGGGACGCUAACCCACACUUCUCUUCUCUGGGUACUGGGGUACACCCACGAAAUAUUGACGUUUCAAGCGGCUGCAAGUAGAGCCCUUCAUCUGAAACUGAAUAUGAAAUUCCAUUCAAUAUCUGGGAUUUUUUCUUUGAACUUGAAGGAGUUGCUGUUUUAAGUUUUAUCACGAAAAUUCAACUAGUUAGCUGAAUAGUUGAUUUGGUUGGCUCGACAUUGCAGAAAGCGGCGACUCAGCCAAUGAUUCGUCAUCAAAAAAUGCACACGCCAUAUGUUUCUAGCCAGUGCGGUUACCAGAGGCAUUCAACCCCUGAACAUCCACCAUUUUGAAUAUUUUCAGGGGGUGAAUGCUUCUCAUACGCGCACUAGCUAGGAACAUGGCGACAGCAUUGCACUGAACGGUUACGCCAAUUAAAGUCAUAGGCAAAACCAAGGAGUCUGCCUUCUGUGAGGUCUCUGUUCAACCGCUCUGCUGGCCGCAAUUAGUAAAUUUGAUAAAAGUUUAGAAGUGGAUUAAUCAUCAAGUGUAUUCUAUAUCAAAACAUUUUAAAAUAGCAAAAGACAGUUUUAAACACACAAAAAUGCGUGUAAAACAAUGAAUUUAAAAUUUUGAAUAAUUAAAGGACCAAAUGGCACGGGAAUCUUUGCAUGGGUCUUCAAGCUUGGCCAAGCUAGCGUGCUUGAGAUAAACAAACUCAUUCAGAACCAUUAGGAACUCAGGAUAAUAUUGAGUAAUUUCUUAUAUUAGACUGGGCAGAGAAUUAACUAUUUAGUAGUUAUUUAGCAGGGUGGUACAAUGAAUUUUUUCACCAGGGAGGGAGGCAGUAUUACCUAAAUGCUGAAAUAAUAAGUAUACCCAAGUGUCAAUGUAUUCAAAGUCAUAUCAGUGAUUAGUCAGAUGUAUACUUAUGCAUGUAGAUGCUUGCUCAAGCAAUCCUCAUGGAAAGAGCAAUUUAAAGAUGUUUUGAUCAUGCAUCAUAACUGCCCGAGGAAAUAUGCACUCGAAGCAUAGGCAAUAUUUCAAAAGUUAUUCAAAAUGUCAUGAUUAUGAGUGUUCAAAUGGCAAACGGAAUCUAAUGCCAAUCUAAUUUCUAGUUGAACAUAGCCAAAAAUUACCGCUAACGUAGCCGAGUCAAUAGUCCGUGCAGGUUCAAUACAUAGUAAACAGCUACAAAAAUAAAAUAAAAUAAAACACAAACAAAUGGGGGAAAACCAACAAAAAAAUCGCAUGAUUUUUCGGGUCUUUGACUUUGUGCAGUUUUAUGAGUACUUCGCAUCUGAUGCAAUAUGUAAAGUCGUUGCUUAUUUUCAAAAUUUUGAACGCAUAAACUUCAUUUAAACAUCCUUAUCCUACUUGUUUAUGGGAAUUACAAAUAUAUAAAGUUCACUUAUAAUAUCAUGAGGGCUUUUAUAUCGCGCUUUAAAGGAAUAUCUUUGAGGAUCUCCCAAUGAUUUCAAGGAAACAAGCUUAUUUUGGAAUGGGGAAAUAUGGAAACAAAGCCUGACAAAUCACAGAGAACAAGGAUAUACAUAGAAGCUUGGAGAACAAGGGAAUAUGGUGAAAUCUUUGUUGGAAACAACGAACAAAUGGAAACUUUUCAAGUGAACACGGAAUCACAGACCCCCUUGAGAGACCCUCAUCAAUUUACUGCCGUAAUAUAACAUUUUACCAAUUAUAAGUAUCCGCAUUUCAACUGAUUUUUAUCACCGUUGUUAUGGUAAUGCAAACACGCGCUUCUAGAGCUAAAGUGAAAAAAAUACUGACAAAAUCCUGGAUCCGGUUGUAUAAUAAUGUGUAGUCAUCCUGGUUCCUAGGGCUUCUCGGCUUAGUGCGCGGUCCGAGGUUUUGAUUAAAAGUCGGUGACCGCGAGAUGAAACUGAUCAGAAGCGAUUGAAGUCGUUAAACGUACAAGCACAAAAAUUUUGUCCAGCGAAGUUUUAAGGUAAAUGUAAUUUUUUGUGUAUAUAUUUAAUAUCAGACUAGACAAAUUUAUAGGUCUAUUGAAAUGUAAAUGUUGUCCCCCCCCCAAAAAAAAUAUACACCCUAUCAAACUGUUGGCUAAAACGUUGCGUAAGGGCAAACGAGUUUAAAAAAAAUAUGUAUUAGGAACCUAUGGCUGUGUUAUAGUUUUAAAAUAUGUAAAAAUGUUGUAGUUCUGUUGCCACUAGUUCGGCUGUACUGGUGCGUGCAAAUUGUGUCGGUCCCGAAUUUCGUACCUGAGGAAAGAACGCGUUUAUGAAUUAUGGUGCUACUGGACCACGAAACGAGUAUAGUUCGUUGAACUUUAUAUAGCUAAAUGCUAAGAAUACUAGUUUUUCUAUUCAAAAUAAUGUAUUUUAAAACUUAAUUUUAAGAUUUUUAAUAACUUUUCCAAAAGCUUGCAUAAUUUCCGUAUUUUGGAUAACUAUAUCAGUCAAUUUCGUAUGUAAGUUUUAAAUGAGUGCAUGAAUCACGCACAAGGUUCGUUUGUAGACAAAUCAAAUACUAAUAGCAAUAAAGAUGUUAUAUUAUUAUACGUUUGUUAGGAUUAAAUCAUUUACAGCUUACUCCUCAGUUAUACUUACAGGCCAACCAACAAUGGAGCGGCCAUUUUUUUGGGACACUUUGUACAAAUCCCAUGAAUCUUCGUCUUAUUCAAAUCCCAAUGCCUACUACAAAUCCUAUGAAAAGGACCAUAACACGCUAAUUGUCAGUUCCAGGACAUGGGAUGACGUUUAUUUUGUUAUUUUAAUCAUUAUUAUAUACAGAGUUUUAACAUUGUUGGCUCACAAGUUAAAAUGUUUCCGGCAUUGUUUUUAGAAGAAAAGUACUGGACGUCAUGGAUUUUUCCUGGGCGCUGUUUCUGUUGUGCUGCGGCUUGACCAUUGCUGGAAGUGCUAGACAGGUAUGUUCCUUAUUCAUUUCCUAGAAACUCUGGCUUGAGCUUGAAUUGUGUAGUGAUGACUAAUGUCUUUCAUGGUUUUGGUACUACAUUGAUUGCCAUGGUACAAGCAUACCUCACUCGCGAAUCAAGUUCCCAGCCUUUCCACUUUGAAGGAUUUUUUACAUUUCAAGGAAAUUUUGGCAAUAGACAACUUGCAUGUUAGACCAAUUUUUAAUCUGGGCAAAAAAAAGUAAAUUCUCGUAAAUAACUUAUUAAUAAAAUGAGUAAAAUUGCAAAAUUUGGUUACGAAAUGUUGUAAUGUUGUACUAAUUUCAUUAUGUUCUUUUUAGCUGUGGUGUUUGAUUCCCUUCUCUUUACUUAGUCUAACAUGCAAGUUAUCUAUUGCAAGUUAUCUAUAUAUAUAUAUAUAUAUAUAUAUAUAUAUAUAUAUAUAUAUAUAUAUAUAUAUAUAUAUAUAUAUAUAUAUAUAUAUAUAUAUAUAUAUAUAUAUAUAUAUAUAUAUAUAUAUAUAUAUAUAUAUAUAUGUGACAAAUGCCAGUACUCUGCUCAGAGCCGAAAAUUUAGUUUUUGUAUUUAAUAUACCUUUUUUUAAUAAACUUCUUCAAACGUAGCCGUUCUGUUUGUCACAUAUAUAUAUAUAUAUAUAUAUAUAUAUAUAAAUCCAGUAUGCUAAUCAACAUGCUCGUAUAUAUAUAUACUGUACCACAACCCAGUAUAUGCUCAUAAGCGGCUCAUAUUAAAUAUCUUACUCAAAAUUAUUCUAACAUCAACAUGGCGCUGUAAAGAAUAGUCUUACUAAGAGACUGUGGAAGAAAUGUAUGGAUUUCCAAGUGAAAAGAGACGAUGGAAAAUUGAUCUCGUAUAAAUUGGUUGGACAAAGUGUGACUCCAGUUGAGGUAAAGAUGUCAAACUAUAUAUAUUUUAUGAAAUAUAAAAAGGCAAUUGUGGUAGUGAUUUUGUUUCUUUUCCUCAUGCAUAAUUAUUAAUGGUUUUUUUUCAUUGUUUUUAUCGUUUAUUUUACUAUUGCGUUUACUUUCGAUUUGUGCUCAAGGGUAGUUGCAGUAAAGACGUCAUACUUCUGCAUAGUGGUGUAAGUUUCGAUUUUAAGAAAUAUACAAUAUUAAUGUAUUCAUUUAGACUUAGCUUCAGUACUGACUAGAAGACAUUUAUAUAUUGAAUUAUGUUUUAGAUUGUAGUCGUACCAGAUUCCUCUGCAGCGCAGAAGGUGCCAGCCAUUGAUGGCCUGCUGGAAUAUCGCAAGGACAAGCAAGAACUUUAUGUAAGAUCAAACAAAACGUGGAAUGUGCUGGCCUUAGAGAACAAGGUAGGUUUGUAAGCUUUAAAAACAAUCAAAUUGAUUCUCAUCGGAAUGGUCGGUUGCAUGAUAUAUUUGCUGAUGUGUUUAGAUAUUUGUUGCACAUGCGCAGUAUGUGUAGACAUAGGACCUUCUAUAUAUAUUUCAGUGCUGUUUCGCACGAGAAGAUUGGAACCUGGUUAAUUUGAAUAAAUGCUCUAGUUUUUGUUUUACCCAACCACUCACAAAAACUGUUUCAAAACAUGUAACUGGGAAUCAUGGAUAUUCAAUAUAUGACGACCUUAAAUUUGUAUUUGAGGCAGCAAAGAAUAUUAGGCCUCCCACUCUGCUCUCUUUUGGGAAGCUUCGCUCGCCCCAAUUUUACCUGCCUUUCCAUUACCCCAGCACGUAAGUGAUUUGUGAGGAAAAUAAGAGGGUCUGGAGUCCUCCCCCAGAAAUCGUUUGGAUAUUUGAUGCUCAAUUAAUGACAGCAUUUUUGAAAUUUUCUGGAGCAUCCACAAGGGUAACGAGUAAAGGAUUAUGGCUAUUUUUGUUAGUUUGGUGACUGCACAUUUGUGUUUUAAGAACUGCACAAACGGGUUUAGAACUGCACAUUUUGUGUAGAACUGCACGUUAAAAUAAACCCUGAUCCAUGCUAAUUAAUUUAAACUGUCUUCCUAAAACGUAAAUCAAUCGAGUAAUUAAGGUCUAUUACCUGUUGUAUUUAUAGGUCAAUCAACAGUUAAACCGCUUGGAAAUUUUGAUAAAGAAACAUCACAAUUUUAUCACGAAGUUUAAUCGUAAGUUUACCACUGUCAAUUUUGUCUUUGUGAUCAUCAGAGUGACAGAAUACUUCCGAAAGUAGCCGACCUUGGCUAUAGAUCUUAAUCCCGAAAACGAAGCUGUAUACAGUGGUGUCCAGUAACGAAGUAAAUGUACUUCGUUAUUGUACUUGAGUAAUAUUUUUGAGAAGUCAGCAUGUAACAAAGUAACUUUUACUUUUACUUGGAACGAAGCCAUUUUAAGAAGUAACGUUUUACUUUGUUAUUUUUAUUUUGUGGCGAAGUAUUUCGUUACUUUCUAACUUUUGAUUAAUUUUACGUGAUUUAUUCCUGAUUAAUUUUAAUUUUGGAAUAUGUAAUAGGACCUCUACAUACGUCUGGGAUGUCUCAUUAGUGGCUAACUUGUAAGCAUUAUUUGUGUAGUCGGGUGUAGUGGAUUUCUUAUAUCUGCAACGGGGUCUGGAAAGUAAACCAUGCCGCGAAAUAUGAAAUAUUGUAUAUUAGGUGCACGCAUAUAAUGCGUGUGCUGUUUUGUGUCUUUUAUAUGUCAAUCCAUUGGACUAAAAGUCACCUCCCUCCCCCCACCCCUCUACACGCUACAGACAAUAGUACUUUUACUUUGUACUUCAAGUAUUUUUAAGGAUACUUUUGUACUUUUUAUACUUAAGUACGUUUUGUCCCCAGUACUUUCUACUCUUACUCAAGUCGUUUUAUUGUUAAUUGCUUUUACUUUUACUUUUACUUUUACUUUUACUCGACUACAAAUUCAAAGUAAUUUAUGGGCACUACUGGCACCAAGUCUAGCCUGCUUAGGUACUUUCUGGAAGGGACAAUUUCUUAAACCACACCUUGAUUACCUGCACUUGUAACAAUAUGGCUAGUAUUGUUUUAAAUUACAGAAGCUAUCCCGCAUCAAGAAUGCCUCGGAUAUAGAUGGCUGACAAAACGGAGCAGAAAUCAGAAAUAUUUACGACGCGACGGCAAUUGUGACAAGAGUCUUUUAGGAUGGUACAGAUUUAGCGGAGAAGCCGGGUCCAAAAUAGCGACAUCGUGUGUGCCGACAUGGAGAUGUGGUACCAAGGCGUCAGGUUGGAUGAAUGGUGCCCACCCUACUGUUGCUCAAGGCAAGGUGACCAGGAAAGUUUGUUAUAGUUGGAGGAGUAAUUGUUGCUACCUGUCAAAUAACAUCGAGGUGGUGAGCUGUGGACGGUAUUAUGUCUACAAACUAGGUCCUCCUCCAACUUGUUAUUUAGGAUAUUGUGGAUCAGAUAAUUGAACACAUUAUGACACAUUUAAACCGGUUACAGUGACAAUCGAGUUUUUUACAGUGAGCUCCAGACGUUAUAUCAGGAGAAUUUACCUAAAAUUCAAAUAUGUCUGCAUGAGAAUUUAUCUAGCUCCAUAUUAGGACUGUUCGGUAUACCGAUAUACCGCAUAUAUCGGUAUUAAAUCAAUAUCGGUAUAUCGAUACCGGAUAUUCAGCC